GCUGCCCGCCUCGCACCGCAUCCCAGCCGGGUCCCUCCCUGCAGCCGCCGCCCUCCCUCUGCCCACGGCGGCGGGGACCGCAGCUUCGCUCGGAAGUGCGGCUCCGUGGCACCUCCCCGCGUGGAAACGCUUCCGCUCCCACCGGCGGCGGAGCUGCGAGCGGCCCCGGCAGCACCGCCGAGAUGUUCGCCCUGUGCCCCCCCGACGCCCCAUUCCCGGGGGUCCCCGCUUUGAGCUCAGCCUUUUCGGGGUCCUUACAACGCAGCCCCGACUCCAACUGCAACUUCGCAGGGGACGAUGAGUGCGACAACAACCAGAACUGGAGCCGGGCUGACGGGGGGGGCAAAAACAACACUGCAAAUCCCUCCGAUAAUCUGCUGCUGUUAGCACAGAGACAGAUGGCUCCGGGCGGGAUGGGGGACGUCGCUUCGAGCUCAGCGUGUGCCCCCCAGCAGGGCGAGCGCAGCCCCCCCGAGGGGGCGGAGGUCGGGGAGGGGGAGUUGGGUGGAUCCCCGGCGGAGGAUAUCGGCUAUGCCAGCAGCUCGCUCAGCAUUGACAGCCCCGACAGCGCCUGCGGCAGCGCUUGGGAUCCCCCCGGGGACCCCCCCGAGGUGUCCGAGCCCCCCCCGGAGCCCCUAUUCCCGGCGCUGGCGGAGGCGGUGCAGCAGCUGCAGGAGAAGGAGCGCUUCAAGGAACGGGAGAAGGAGAAGCAUCACGUUCAGCUGGUGAUGUACCGCCGCCUGGCCCUGCUGCGCUGGAUCCACGGCCUGCAGCAGAAGGUGCUGGAGCAGCAGGACCGACUGCAGGAGAGCUUCGAUACCAUCCUGGACAACCGCAAGGAGCUGAUCCGCUGCAUGCAGCACGGAGCGCCGUGCCCCGCUGCUGCCCCCAGCCCCUGAGCUGUGCGAGCAUUCCACGCUCUGAAUCCCGUUCUGCUUCCCCGCAGCUCUCCACCCAAAUCAGGGCUGAGUGCUGGCUCUGAUGGUGAUGUUGGUGCACGGGGUUUGUGUCAGCCCCAUGCUGGGCAUUGUGGUGCUCACCCUAUAGAGCCCAUCCCAUUAACCACAGAGCUUUAAUGCCUUUCUCCUUUCACACCUGAUGUGUGCACCCAUUGCCCUGCAGUGCAAUGUGCUGCUGUGCAUUGGGGCACGGUGCCCUGGGUUGUCCCCAGGACUGACCACAGCCCAUCAGACACAGCAGCAGAGAGGAGCUGCAUUCAUGCAUUAAGUGCACAGAGAGAGAAUCACUCUGAAAAGUGACCUCAGAAUGCUCAGAAAUACUCAUAAAGCAUCACCAGGCCCCAAACCCUGCGCUCUUAUUUCACAGUUCAGUGUUAGGGAAGAGCUGGUUUUGAUUUAUUGCUAUUUUUUUAUUGACCAGGUCAUAUAGAUGCACAUCUGCAUGCUGGGGGAGCUGUGUUAGCACCAUGCAUGGCCGCAGAGCUGCUCGCCAAGCUGUGCUCAUUGCAUUCUAUUGUUGUCUUAAAGCAAAGAUGCUGUUUGGGUUUUCUUUCCUCAUGCCUGUUUUAACCAGCGGGGGCUGCAUGGGAAGUAUGAAGGACGGCCCUUCUUACAUAGAGAUUAAAAAGGAGACGCUGUG